AUGGAAAGUCAAACGUUAACAUCGGCAACUGUAUCACGUUCAGAAUCUGUAGGUUCAUUACUAAAUGAACGUAGUUACGACGCUGCACCACACUCUCCAUCUACUCUACGUUUAACAUAUAGUCCCAAAUUAGAGUCAGAUUUACCAUAUAGCAGUGAUAACCAACAUGAUAAAAAUCAAAUUGUUACUGAUAAAUCAGAGAGAAUCUUUCUUCUACCCGGUACUGAACAGAUUGUGAAAGUUAUUAAAAAAUUUACCAUUUCUGAAAAUGGUAAUAAGGAAUAUAUUGAACGUGAUAAUGAAGAAGUUUUUUAUAAUAUCAACAAUGAUGAAGAUAAUGAGCAGGAUUUAAAUGGUUUCAGAAAAAACCAGCAUACUAAUAAAACAGAACAUAAAUAUUACAGAACAAAUGUGCUGCAUAAAAGGCAACGAGUAUUACAUCGUUCAAAUCGUAGUCGUCAUGAACGUCAUCAUCAUCGGCGUCAUCAACGAAACCAAUCUCAUGAUUAUAUUGAUGGUCUUCAAAGUAGUGAACAAUCUCAAUCACCGGUGAGAAGAGAAUCUGUAGAGAAAUCAAAGUAUACUAAAUAUAAAAAACCUGUUACAUCAGUUCAAAGCUCAGUUACAUAUGAUCCAUACAAUAAUGAACAAAAACGUGUAAUCAGUCGCUUAAAUUUGAUAGCACCUGGACCAGCUCAAUCAUCUGAUUUAAAUGAGAACGAGGUCAUUUCAACUGAUGGAUUCCAUGAUACAAGUCAUGAUGUACAAUCUUACUUGAAUUCCAAAAAUAGAAAUGUAGGUUUAUCAGAAUUAAAGCAGAAUCGAUUGUUUUUACCCACUAAAACUAAUAAGAAAAACCGUAAUAAAUAUAAAAAUCAUUCACGACGGAAUGAAUAUGAAAGUCACCACGAAAAGUCACAUUCAUCAUUGAAUCGACUAUGCUCACAUACUCCAUAUAACUCUGGUGCUUGUCGAAAAUGCAAUGUUAUAUGUUCAAAAUGUAAUGAAAGUAUUCAUCAUUUAAAUCAUUAUAACAGUGAUUCACGAUCAUUACACCGAGCUGAUAUGUAUUGUGAUCGAAGAUUACGUGGAGUAAGUUGUUCAUCAUUAGAUCAUGAAUGUCAGUUAAAUUCAAGUCGGAGAUAUAGGUCAUUAAGUGGUUCGAAAAUGGUUAUGCCAUCUGGCCACCAUCAUCAUUAUCAACCACAUAGACAUAUAUGUUGUGCUAAAUCAAUACCGUCUUUAAGUACAUUAGAUUUCUAUGAUACAAAUUCUAUUUAUACACAUAGCCUAGAUUCUAAUCGCCAUAUCAAUUUUAUAGAAAUUGAAUAUAUGCAAGUGGAUAAUGGUGAUAAUGAUAAUGAAAAUCUACCUAUAGGAUUAUCAAAAGAGAAAUUAAAUUGGAUUACAAAUUUAGCACGUGAAUCAUUAAAUAAAACAAAAGAUCUUGAUUCAUUGGCUAAACUAAUGAAAGAAACAUUAGAUGAACGUUUUGGUAAAAUAUGGCACUCCAUUGUAGGCACUGAAUCAUAUGGUAGUCAUUUAGCUACAUUACCUGGAACGUUAGUUAGUUUUAGAAUAGAUAAAUGGGCUUUUUUACUUUGGCAAACAUAA